CUCACAAAAAGAAUUUGAGACGAAGUUUGUGAUUGGAACAUUCAAUAAUCCAAAUCCAAAUGUUCAAGUUUCCUACAAGUUUUUCGUCAAUGUCCCAUGCCAUGACAUUGCAGCCUGUGAUGAUAAUUCAAGCCUUCAGCUUCAAGAACGAAAAGGACCGAUUAGUUUGGUUGUCGUACGAAGGCAGCUCGCAAUGCAAACAUGGAGAAAUUGCGGAAUGGCUACCUGUUUACUGAGAUUUCAAGGCUGCAGCUUGAACACAUUGAGAAGUACCCGAAUGCAAAGUUGAUAAGCCUCGGAAUCGGCGACACAACAGAACCAAUACCAGAAAUCAUCACAUCAAGCAUGGCUAAUUAUGCACAUGCCCUUUCGACCGCUGACGGUUAUUCAGGGUACGGACCUGAACAAGGCAAUAAGGCAUUGCGGAAGGCAAUUGUAAAAGCAUUCUAUAAAGAUCUGCAGAUAAAAGACACUGAAGUUUUCGUAUUAGAUGGUGCGCAGUGUGACAUUACUCGACUUCAGUUGUUGCUGGGUUCCAAAGUGACCAUCGCUGUGCAGGAUCCAUCAUUUCCGGCUUACAUCGACUCAAGUGUGAUUAUCGGUCAAGCUGGAGACGAAGGUGGGAGUGGAAGGUAUGGGAGUAUUGAUUACAUGAAGUGCGGACCCAAAAAUAACUUUCCCGACUUGGCAACCACUUCAAGAACAGAUGUUAUCUUCUUCUGCUCUCCAAACAACCCCACUGGUCAUGCAGCAACUAGGGAGCAAUUAGAGCUUCUUGUCAAGUUUGCCAGGGACAAUGGAUCCAUUAUCAUCUUCGACGCUGCUUAUUUGUCUUAUGUACAAGACGAUAACUGCCCUCGUUCCAUCUUUGAAAUUCCCGGUUCUAGACAGGUUGCGAUCGAAAUAUCAUCAUUCUCUAAGUUUGCUGGCUUCACUGGUGUCCGCCUAGGCUGGACAGUUGUGCCUGACGAGCUCUUAUUCGACUUCAAUCGCAUUGUCAGCACUUGCUUCACCGGGGCGUCCAAUGUUGCUCAAGCUGGUGGACUCGCCUGUCUUUCCCCGCAAGGCUUCAAGGCUGUGAAUUCUCUGGUUGACUACUACAUGGAGAAUGCAAAUAUACUGGGUCAGGCAUUGUCUUCUGUUGGUUUACAAGUAUACGGCGGUGCAAAUGCUCCCUACAUUUGGGUGCACUUUCCAGGUUCAAAUUCUUGGGAUGUAUGCAAAGACAUUCUUGAGAAAACACACAUAAUUACAGUUCCGGGAUCUGGAUUUGGUCUGUCGGGUGAAGAGUUCCUGAGAAUUAGUGCUUUUGGCCACAGAGAGUGUAUCCUAGAGGCCGCAGAUAGGCUUAAAAACCUAUUUCUAUAGGACUUAGGAACACCCUACUUCUCGCUUCAUCUAAUCACAAUCAGCAUCCACGGCGUUAUUGUGA